CCCUACCUGCAAUCCCACAUCAACGGCACCCUCCGCGUAACAACCACCGACAACCGCUUCUUCAUCGGCGAGCUGAAGUGCACCGACCGGGACCGGAACCUAAUCCUGCACAUGACGAACGAGUUUCGCACACCCACUGCGCCCACAACCACUUCCGCCUCCCCUUCCACCGUCAGCGGCAGCAGCAGCAGCACGGCGGAACUAAAGAGCCGGUACAUCGGCCUGGUGGUGAUACCUGGACAUGUCAUUGUCAAGAUUGAGCGCGAA